AUGCCUCAGGGUAGCAUCGAGACGAAGGCUGCUAGAAGCCCAGUAGCUCUCCUCUGGCCACCGUAUAGACAAGGCAGCGAUGGGAAGAGCACCACAGCGCCAUGCGGGUCCUGGAAUGGGGAGCUGACCAGGCAUCAAUUCCCUAUCGGUCCAUACUCAGUGCCCAUAAUCUCGGCCAACGAGACCUGGAUUGCGCAGCUCGCCAUCUCUUAUGCUGCUGACCCAACAUCAAAUGACGAUUUUGAGCCGUUGUACACCGAUUCUUUUGUGAAUACCAAAACGAAAUGUGUCUCUGUCAACAGCCCUGGAGAUGUUGAACCAGGUAUGCAUGCGACUCUGCAGAUGCGGUACCAUGACAGCUCGGACGCGAGCUCGCCUAUGCACUACGCAUGCUCCGACAUCGUCUUUGUGUCUCGAAAAGCUGCCACCUUCACAAGCCCUUGCUCUGGUCCAUUAUCUGAGGAAGUGGAAGUCGCUUUCCAUCCCCCACCGGUCUCCAAGUCCGGUCUACCUUCGCACAGCUUCCUGGGAUCAAUCCUGGCUUUUGCUGCGCUCCUCGUCUUUGCUGCCACGGCACGUUUCUACAUCCUACCCCGCCUUCGCCAGAGGCGAACGGCAGAAGGGGACGAGACGGAGAUGGCGAAAAUGAUUAGCUGA